AUGUCUACAUCUACGAGCGACAAGCCCACGGCGGACCCGUACCGCGAGAAGAACAUCGAUAAUGUGUCUCUGAAAGAGAAGAUUGAGGAUUUGAGCGAGUUUAUUUCAAAGUGUAAGUUUGGUAUGAUGACUACGCAUCAUGGACAGACUGGGGCGCUGGUUUCUAGGUGUAUGGGGUUAGCUGCUAAAGAAAACAACGGCGUGGACCUAAUCUUCCACACCAACACCAUCUCCGGCAAAACGUCAGACAUCUCCCACGAUCCGCACGUCAACAUAUCAUUCCUCAACUCGUCAGGGGAAUGGGCGUCCAUCUCGGGCACCUCUUCCAUGAUCACGGACCGCGGCACGAUUAAAAAAUACUAUUCCCCAGCGCUCAAAGCCUGGUUGGGUGAUCUGGGUGAUGGCGUGCAUGAUGGAGGACCGGAGGAUCCGAGGAUUGGCGUUAUUAGGGUGAGGACGAAUACGGCGACGUAUGCGAUUGCGAGAAGGGGGGAAAAGGGGGUGGAGGAUCAGGUUAGGAGGGGGGAGCUUGGGGGAGAGAAAGAGGGGGAAACGCCCCAGGUUACGAGGUUGAGGGAGGUUAAUGAACAGGAGAUUGAGAGGUGGAGAAGAGGGGAGAAGGAGUGAGUGA